AUGUGGUCUGUGCUGUGUGAGCUCAGGGCUCAGCUCAUCAUUACAGAACUGGCAGGUUUUAAACUGGGAAAGCUGGAUUAUGGGACCAUAAGGCACCAAUGGACAGGAAAUCAGAAUUCCAUUCAUGCUCAGUCCCUCUGUGUGUCUCCUGUCCUCUCCUGUCCCUCUGUGUGUCUCCUGUCCCUCUGUGUGUCUCCUGUCCCCUCAGCUUCUUUGCUCUGUCUCUCUGCAGGGAAGUCUCUGUGGGAGCUGGUCCUGGAACAGUUUGAAGAUCUGUUGGUUCGAAUUCUGCUGCUGGCUGCCUGCAUCUCUUUUACGCUGGCGUGGUUUGAAGAAGGAGACGGGACCAUCACUGCCUUCGUCGAACCAUUCGUCAUCCUUCUGAUCCUCAUUGCUAAUGCUAUAGUUGGCGUGUGGCAGGAAAGAAAUGCAGAGAAUGCCAUCGAAGCGUUGAAGGAGUAUGAACCCGAGAUGGGCAAGGUGUACAGACAGGACAAGAAGAGCGUGCAGAGAGUCAGAGCCAGAGACAUCGUUCCAGGAGACAUCGUUGAAGUUGCUGGUGAGCAAA